AUUACCGAUCUUUAUUUAACGGAAUCAAGAAAAAGAAAGAGAAGAAAAAUAUUAAUAAUAAUAAUAAAAAAAUCUAAGAAUCCAUCAUCUCCUCCUCAACUUUCUCAUUCAUUUGCGAGUUUCUGCAAAAAGUAUCUCACAAAAUCCACGUCUUUCCAUAUCAAUUGGCGACGAACCAUGGCGACCGUUGCCAUAGAUUCUCUUCUCCAAAACCCUAGGCUACCAUCUCGUCCGAAAGCUAAGGUGUUGCUAAAGCCGUCUCGCUCAUUGGAUUGUUCUCGAAAUCGUAAGCUUCUCUUCUCUCGGGCCGCUCGCUUCUGUAGCUCCAAGCCCAUCCGGAAGAUUCAUGUCGUCAAAUCCAGCUCCAGUGAUACAGCUCUCUUUGACACCUUCGACACCUCUUCUUCAGAUGACAUCUUGUAUAAAGAAACUUUUCCUGUCAAGCGAAUUGAAAAGGUGGAGGGAAAACUUGUCAUCAGGUUGGAUCAAUCAAAAGAUCAGCAUAAUUGGCAGCUAUCAGUAGGAUGUAGUCUUCCCGGAAAGUGGAUUCUUCAUUGGGGAGUUUCUUAUCUUGGUGAUUUUGGCAGUGAAUGGGAUCAACCACCUAAAGACAUGAGACCUCCUGGUUCAGUUCCCAUUAGAGACUAUGCUAUUGAAACUCCCUUGAAGAAACCGUCUGAAGGAGAUAUGUUUCAUGAAGUCAAGAUUGAUUUUAAUCCCAGCAGUGCAAUUGCAGCUAUACAUUUUGUCCUGAAGGAUGAAGAAACUGGAGCCUGGUAUCAGCACAGAGGUAGGGAUUUUAAGGUGCCUCUUGUGGAUUACCUUGAGGAUGAUGGCAAUAUGGUUGGAGCAAAAAGAGGGUUUGGCAUAUGGCCAGGUGCUCUGGGGCAGUUCUCUAAUGUCCUACUUAAAGCAGAAGCAUCACAUGCUAAUGGUCCAAACAGCAACAAUGAGUCCAAGGACUCUAAAAAUGAGAAUAGGCGCCUUGAAGGGUUCUAUGAGGAGCAGCCUAUUGUAAAAGAAGUUUCAAUUGGUAACUUAGUGAGUAUUGCUGUUAGGAAGUCUCCUGAUACAGCAAAAAAUGUUCUGUAUAUGGAAACUGAUAUACCUGGAGAUGUUGUAGUUCACUGGGGUGUUUGUAGAGAUGAUGCUAAAACAUGGGAAAUUCCUGCUGCCCCAUAUCCACCGGAAACAGCUGUAUUCAAGAACAAGGCCUUACGCACUUUAUUGCAGCCAAAAGCUACAGGAAACGGAUCAAGAGCAUUAUUCACUUUAGAUGAAGAACUUGUUGGAUUUCUUUUUGUCCUCAAGCUGGACGAUAACACUUGGUUGAAAUUUAAAGAAAAUGACUUCUAUGUUCCCCUUUCUGGUGCAAUUAGUGUUCCUGGUCAACAUGGUCAAUCUGACAGUACAAGUGAAGAAAUUCCUAGCAAAGCAUAUACUGAUGAUAUCAUCAAUGAAAUACGGAACUUGGUUAGUGGCCUUAACUCUGAGAAGAGUCAGAAGACCAAAACAAAGGAAGCACAAGAAAGCAUUCUUCAAGAAAUUGAGAAGCUAGCUGCUGAAGCCUAUAGCAUCUUCCGGAGCUCCGUUCCAACCUUUUCAGAGGAAACUGUUUUGGAAACUGAGGCAACAAAGCCUGCUGUUACAAUAUCCUCUGGAACCGGUACAGGUUUUGAAAUAUUGUGCCAAGGUUUCAACUGGGAAUCUCAUAAAUCUGGACGAUGGUAUAUGGAACUCAAAGAAAAAGCUUCAGAAAUAUCUUCACUUGGGUUUACUGUGAUUUGGCUGCCACCACCAACAGAGUCUGUUUCACCAGAAGGAUACAUGCCAAAGGACUUGUAUAAUUUAAAUUCCAGAUAUGGAACUAUUGAUGAGCUGAAGGAACUUGUAAAGAGCCUCCAUGAAGUUGGAUUAAAAGUUCUUGGUGAUGUUGUAUUGAAUCACCGUUGUGCACAGUUUCAAAAUCAGAAUGGUGUAUGGAAUAUAUUUGGUGGUCGCUUAAAUUGGGAUGAUCGAGCAGUGGUUGGAGAUGAUCCUCAUUUUCAGGGCAGGGGCAACAAAAGUAGUGGAGAUAAUUUCCAUGCUGCUCCAAACAUUGAUCAUUCACAAGAGUUUGUGAGGAAGGAUCUCAAAGAAUGGCUUGUCUGGCUGAGAGAAGAAAUUGGUUAUGAUGGAUGGAGGCUGGAUUUUGUCAGAGGAUUUUGGGGUGGUUAUGUCAAGGACUACUUGGAUGCAAGUGAACCUUACUUUGGUGUAGGUGAAUAUUGGGAUUCUCUCAGUUAUACAUAUGGUGAAAUGGACCACAAUCAAGAUGCCCACCGACAGAGAAUUAUCGACUGGAUCAAUGCUACAAAUGGAACUGCUGGUGCAUUUGAUGUCUCAACCAAGGGAAUUCUUCAUUCAGCUCUGGAAAGAUGUGAGUAUUGGAGAUUAUCGGAUGAGAAAGGGAAGCCUCCUGGGGUUGUUGGAUGGUGGCCGUCUCGUGCUGUUACCUUCAUAGAGAAUCAUGACACUGGUUCUACCCAGGGUCACUGGAGGUUUCCAGGUGGAAAGGAAAUGCAAGGAUAUGCUUAUAUCUUGACCCACCCAGGAACCCCGGCCGUGUUCUAUGAUCACAUUUUCUCUCAUUAUCGUUCUGAAAUUGCUGCUCUUAUCUCUCUCAGAAACAGAAACAAAAUCCAUUGCCGGAGUACAGUUAAAAUUGUCAAGGCAGAGAGGGAUGUAUAUGCGGCCAUCAUCGAUGAAAAAGUUGCAAUGAAGAUUGGACCAGGUUAUUUUGAGCCUCCAAGUGGUCCCCAAAGAUGGUCCUCAGUCCUUGAAGGGAGGGAUUACAAGGUCUGGGAAGCAUCCUAAUGCAAACUACGGGCAUUAUUUAUGUUGCCAAGUGUGUGUAUAUAUAUAUAUAUAUCUCCUAUAAAAAUGUCCACCAUGAAACCUUCAUCCUUGUCUUAAAUCAAGUUAAAGAAUCUCGAACACAACACGUGUAUCAUAUUUGUUCUGAACAGCACGGAGGCUGUACUCCCGGUCCUCACCAAUGUUCAUGCCAUUGUUGUACCAUUUUUAACUCGAAAUACAAGGGGUAAUCGACUAAGGGCAGGGCUGGACUAGGUGAUUGUUGAAGCCAGUUAGCUAAUUUUGGAGAUGUACCCUUAUACACUAUAGUUUAUUUAUAAUGCCUAACGAGUAUUGAGAUUAAUACCGGAUGGGCAAUUUCUUCCCUUUUGCAUACCUGUAAUAUUUUGCAAGAAAUCAUUUUCUUGCGAAUUGGAUGUAUUGUUAUUAUUUUGUUAUCAAAUAAAGUACUGACUAUUUUUUUCUUACCAAAUUUCUAGUGGGC